AUGGCCGACUUUAUACCAGCUACCCCAAACAAGAUAGUCGAUUUCAUUUCAGCUACCCCAAACCGAUGGGCUCCGAAUGACCUGUCACCGAGAGCACAACGAAAGAAGAUUCCAACUCCAGAGCAGCACGUUCUAAAAAACUAUCUCAUCUCCCUAAAUCACGGCAGUCGCGGCAUACUCCCACAACCUCUCUCUGCCCCUCCGCAUUUCCAGAAAGACUUUACACCUUUGGUUGUUCCGAGUGUUGUGCCAGGUGGCCAGUUUACCAUUCAUGGACAUCCAGUCACAAUCAAUAUAUUUGCGAGAGAGAUAAUUCUUCCGUUUGAUUUACGCGAAGGUCCGUCGGAGUUUCAGGGAAAUUUGGAAAUUCUCAUGAACAUUUUUCCCAAUACGACUCAAGUAACCUUUGAUGACCGUUACCUGGUAUUUACGGUUUGA